CAAAGCAGAUGACACUUUUCCAUCCACCCCGCUCCGAUACGGAACCAAUAAACUGCUAAUCAGCAGGUGCUAACACACUUGAAGGAGAAAAAACCAAUUGCUGUUGAUUAUUACUUAAAUUGUGUAUCAAAAAGUACGCUUCCAGCCACGAAAACCUUCCAACAACCUCGACCAACAUGUGGGCCGAUACGCUGCUAAUUGUUUUCAUAUCCAUUUUCACCGCACUGCUGGGAGAAGGAUUAACCUGGGUGAUGGUUUAUCGCACGGAAAAGUACCAAAAGCUGAAGGGAGAAGUCGAAAAGCAGAGCAAAAAAUUGGAAAAACGGAAAGAAACGCUCGGCGAAUCGUUAGACAAGAACCACAAAAAGAAAAUCGAACGCGAUGAGGAAAAGCUGAAGAACAACAACCGCGAUCUGUCGCUGGUCAAGAUGAAGUCAAUGUUUGCCAUCGGUUUCGCGUUCACCGCACUGCUCAGCAUGUUCAACAGCAUUUUCGAUGGGCGAAUUGUGGCCCGCCUACCCUUCGUGCCAAUCUCGUGGAUCCAGGGGCUGAGCCAUCGAAACCUGCCCGGCGAUGAUUACACCGAGUGUUCCUUCAUCUUUCUCUACAUCCUCUGCACGAUGUCCAUCCGGCAGAACAUCCAGAAGAUGCUGGGCUUUGCACCGUCGCGUGCCGCCAGCAAGCAGGCCGGAGGAUUGUUCGGACCAACGCCGGGACAGUUUAAGUAAAUGUGGCUGAUCGUGGAGUACUCCACCACACCACGACCGGGCGGGCUUGACUACCACCACCACCACCACCAAUCGCCUUUUGUGGCAACUAAUAUUUAACAGCAACGAAACAGUUUAUUUAAAAGACCAACGAAUAACGCGCCAUUGAAACGGGCGCGCGCGUUCGUUACAUUCGUUUUCAUUGCAUUUUGUUUUGUUAAUAAGUAGUAGUAGUAGGAGUUGUGUGUGUUUCAGCGAUCGAGAUUAAAUAAAGCUUUCGUUUCAAAGAUGGA